UUGGCUGUUCAAAAGCAGUCAGACAUUUUCCUGUGCUAGAAUUACCGGACAGACCAGCUCUUCUUCAGAAUGGUUUCUUUCAGACUUCUGAGCAUCCUGGUGCUAUGUACUCUUCUCAUGAAUGUCCAAGGCCCUGGUGUGACUAAAUGGCUCUUCCCUAAGAAGUGCCCCAGGAUCCAAGAGAAAUGUGAUUUCAAAGAAAGGAAUCAAUGUGCAAAUGACAAACAAUGUCUGGAUAACAAGAAGUGCUGCACCUUCAACUGUGGAAAAAAAUGUUUAGAUCCCAAAGAAGAUAUAUGCAGUAUGCCAAAAGUAUCUGGUCCCUGUAUGGCUUAUUUUCGUCGUUGGUGGUAUGAUAAGGAAAAUAAUACCUGCUCCAGCUUCAUCUAUGGUGGCUGUCAAGGAAACAACAACAACUUCCAGUCUAAAUCCAUAUGUCAGAACAUCUGCCCCUUGAGAAGGCUGUGUCCCAGAGAUAGAGUGAAAUGUGAAAUGGCAGAAUGGAACCAAUGUACAAGGAGCAGACAUUGUCCAGGGAAGAUGAGGUGUUGUAUGUUCAACUGUGGAAAAAAAUGUUUAGACCUCAGAGAAGACAUAUGCAGUUUGCCGAAAGAAACUGGCCCCUGCCAGGCAUUUUUUCUGCGCUGGUGGUAUGAUCACGAAAAGGAAGUCUGCUCUGAAUUUAUCUAUGGUGGCUGUCAUGGGAACAAUAACAACUUUCAAUCUGAAGCUAUCUGCCAGGCCCUCUGCCAAAAGAAAAAAGUAAGUCCCAGGCAUCCCACUCUCCAGGGCUGUGCUAAGAUGUCUGUGUGUUGGCUGGCUCAUUCCAGGAACUUCAAGUCUAGGGCUGCAGAACUAGUCCAAUUAGGAGGUAAGAGUUCACCUCAAAGAGAAUAAAGCAGAGGAGGUUUUGUGAAGGAAGUUGGGAAGGAAGCAGUAACCAUCAGAAGGCAUAUGUGAGAUACAGAGGCUGAAAAGAAGCAGAUACAGUGGGGACAUCUGAGAUAAAUCAGAGGCUGGAUCUUUCUUUUCUACCAAAACUCAGCUCCAACUCUCAUCCUUUUCAUUUUUAAAAUUGUAACUAGGGCAGUCACAUGAUUUAUUGACCAAACCAAGACCCUUAGUUUUCUUUCAUUUUUUCCAAAUAUAUUUUGUUUUAUUUCAUUGGGAGAGAGGUACAGAGAGAGAUACAGAGGGAGCGAUAUCAGAGCCCUGCUCAGCUAUGGCUUAUGGUGGUGUGGGGGAUUGAUUUGGGAUCCUCAGACAUGAAACUCUUUUUGCAUAGACAUUUUGCAACACCUUAUACAAGAUUUAAUUUUCUUUAUUUUAUAAAAGAAACUAAAGCUCUGGUUUCAUCAUAUGUUGUGCUAGAGAUCAAAUCUGGGGUCUCACAUAGCCAAGCAUGCAUUUAUCCCUGAUCCUAAAACCAAGAAACAUUUGGAAGUGGAUGGGGAUACCAUUAGUUGGGACAGCAGGAUCAAGGUGGUGUGCUCCUGGAAAGACUUGAUUACUCCAUUUCUGUUUGGUUUUCCUGCAAAGGGUAAAAAUGUUAUUGUCUUCUUUCUUUUCCAUUAACAUUAGGUUCCUAAGGUGCACAGGACCCAAGUAUCUGACCAUUUUCUACCUUGUCUUGCAGAAUCGUUAUCUUUUUAGCUAAGCUAGGAAGAACAGGACCAACAUCCAGGACUGGAUGCCUGACUGGUACUCCAUAUUGGCUCCCACUGGUCAAAUCUGAGCUGCCAAGAUUAUGAGUGUUGCAAAAAAAAGCCAAACCAAACCAAAAAAAACCACCCUUUCUUCCAAUUCAGUUUCUCUUCAAAUUUAAUGUCCUUUGUUCUACUUCAGUAUGUGACUCUAUUGCUUCAGCCUUCAGAAGGUUUCAACUUCUCCCUAAUCAAGUGUUCUUUGAGGUAUGAGAUUUUGGAGGUUGAACAUUACAUACCUGCUUCCUGUGUGCAAUUUUUGGAAAACAAAAAGUCACUGGAUCUUCUGCUGACACCCAAAGAG